GGCUCCGCGCCCCGCCGGCCCUCCGCACACCCCGCCGGCGGCUGGGAGCCGGGGGCGGAGGCGGCGGCGGGGGGACCCCGGCGGGCUGGAAGUGCCUGGGCGAGGGAGCUCGGGUUACAGAGAGAAAGGGGCUUGGCCAGGCAGAGGGGAGGUGGGCGGAGGGUCCUUUUCUCUGUCUGUUUCUCUCCCUCUGCCUUUUUUUUUUUCCCUUCUCCCUCCCGAGCUCUUUGUGUCCCCCCCCCACCCCCCCCACUCCCCUCCUCUCGCUCUCACACCCCCCCCCUCCCCAACCAACCACCACCACCCAACCCCCUCUCAAGUCUUUGUUAGCCAUGCCUAGCCUGGUAGUACCAGGGAUAAUGGAAAGGAACGGGGGUUUCGGCGAUUUAGGCUGUUUCGGUGGGAGCGGCAAAGACAGAGCGCUGCUGGAGGAUGACCGGGCGCUGCAGCUCGCCCUGGACCAGCUCUGCCUGCUGGGGCUAGGCGAGCCUUCCUCCUCCUCCUCCUCCUCCGCCGUGGUGCUGGUGGAGGACAGCAACAACAACAACAAUAACCCGCCGCCGCCGCCGCCGCAGCAGCAGCCCCCGCCGCCGCCGCCGCCGCCGCAGCAGCAGCCGCCGCCACCGCCGCCGCCGCCGCCGCCGGCCCCGAAGGGCUCGUCGGCGCCCAGCGCCGGGGCGGCGGAGCCCAAGUUGUGCGCCUUGUACAAGGAGGCCGAGCUGCGGCUCAAGAGCAGCUCCAACACCACCGAGUGCGUCCCGGUGCCCAGCUCCGAGCACGUGGCCGAGAUCGUGGGCCGGCAAGGCUGCAAGAUCAAAGCCCUGCGGGCAAAGACCAACACCUACAUCAAGACUCCAGUGCGGGGUGAGGAGCCAGUCUUCAUGGUGACGGGACGGCGGGAGGACGUGGCCAUGGCCCGGCGGGAGAUCAUCUCUGCCGCCGAGCACUUCUCCAUGAUCAGGGCCUCCCGCAACAAGGCUGGCACCACUUUUGGCAGUGCUCCCACUUUGCCGGGGCAAGUCACCAUCCGGGUGCGUGUGCCCUACCGUGUGGUGGGCUUGGUGGUGGGCCCCAAAGGAGCCACCAUCAAGCGGAUCCAGCAGCAGACCAACACCUACAUUAUCACACCCAGCCGGGACCGGGACCCCGUCUUUGAAAUCACCGGUGCACCGGGCAAUGUUGAGCGUGCCCGGGAGGAGAUUGAGACCCACAUUGCAGUGAGGACGGGCAAGAUCCUGGAGUACAACAAUGAGAACGACUUCCUCUCCAGCAGCCCCGACUCCGGCAUGGAGAACCGCUACUCGGAGGCCUGGCGGGUCCAUACGCCGGCGCCGGGCUGCAAGCCCCUCUCCACCUUCCGGCAGAACAGCCUGGGGUGCAUCGGCGACUGCUCCGUUGACCCCGUCUACGAGACCCCCCGGCUGAAUGACCAAAACGACUUCAAUUAUGGUUACCUCUUCCCCAACUAUGGCGUGAACAAGCAAGAUCUGUAUUAUGGGGUGCCGGAGUCAGGUGCCCCAAUGUGGGCUGGGCAGGAGAACACCAACCCCGUCUCAGUGCUCUUCUCGAAGCAGCAGCGGUCCAGCAGUACUGGCGCCAUCCACCCAAAUUCACAUCGCUCCCCGUCCUCCUCUAUCCAAGAGCCCAAUCUCUCUGGUCUCCCCAGGCGGUCGCAGGGGGAACCGCUCCAAGGGUUUUCCAAGCUGGGGACGACUACUGCUGCCCGGACGUCUGUCUCCAGCAGCCGCGAGUGCAUGGUGUGUUUCGAAAGCGAAGUUACGGCAGCUCUGGUGCCGUGCGGCCACAACCUCUUCUGCAUGGAGUGUGCUGUGAGGAUCUGUGAGAGGACUGAUCCAGAGUGCCCGGUUUGCCACGCUGCAGCCACUCAGGCCAUUAGAAUAUUUUCCUAAAGAGACAGAGCAGGGCAUUGGGGUGGGGGGUGGGGGUAGGAAGGGAGCGUGGGGGGGUCCAGGAAAGAAAAAUGAUGAUGAUAAUAAUAAUAAUGAUAAUAAUAAUAAUAAUAAUAAUAAUAAUGACAUCUGAAGAACAAACAAGUGAAUGAAAGAAUAAAUUAAUUUAAAGAAGAAGAAGAAGAAAAAAAAGAAAUUAUUUUACAAGCAAUGUAUGUUAUUUUUUAAAAAAAAAAAGUGAAUAAUAAAAUUAAAAUGAAUAGCAAAGCCAGAAAUUUUGAAGGGCGAACGAUGCUCCAGCCUGCAAUGUCUUUUUUAAAACAAGUACUCUGAACGCACACUCGGAUCUCGCAAGCAAAGCGGUUUAGUUCAGUUUUUUUUGGUGGUGAGAUUGGGACUUCUCUGCAUUGACCAAGCCAGGCCAUCUUGAUCAGACGGGGAAGGGAGCAGGGACGUGGGGAGGGCCCUGCCAGCCUUUCUUCUCCAGCUACUUUCAAUCUUCAUCUUGGUCUGAAGCCCCUACUCUCCUCCCCCCCAGGGAUGUCAGCCCAACUGGGAGCUCAGAAAGAAACAAAUAGAAAGAAAGGAAAACGGAUGACGGGGAUUUAGAAAAACAAAAAAGAAACCAUCAACCUCUGGGAACCUGUUAGAACGAGGGCACAACUGUAUUACCUCAAAGAUUUAAACAAAAAAAAAACCACAGCAGCUAAAGAACUUUUAUUGUUUUCCUUUUUUUCUAAAAAAAAACCAAACAAAAAACACAAAAAAAAGAAAAUCAAAAAAGAAGAGGAAGAAAUAAAAAUGACGCCAGUGAAACUGAAGAAGGUUUGGAAGAACCUGUUGGAAUCACACUGGGCGAUUAGCAUUUAUUUUAUUAUUCUGAGCCACCGUGGAGUCUGGAACUUUGUUCUUUUUUCCUUAUCCGAGCAGGGAUUUGUUCAUCAGACGAAUCAGGAGUCACUAACAGGGUAUUUCAAAAGCAGUCCUGAGUUCCCAUCCAUGGGGGGAGUGUAUUGACUUCCGCGUUUCCGUAGUUCACUCUUCAUCCUUUUUUCCAAGUGAUGCCAGCUGCAGCUACACACAACACGCAUGCGCACGCACACACACAUGCACACACAUAACAUUGUGCUUUUCUUUUCUUAAAAAAUAUAUAUAUCGCACCAAAACCUAAGAAAGACGAUCAUGCAAUACAGGCAAUGAGCCCAUAUGAAACCAACAUGCAUCCCAACAGAAAGCAAAAAAACCCCAAGUUUAUAUAUAUAAUUUUGUUGUUGUUGUUUUUAAACUGGACCAAAACUUUUGUUACCCAAAACCGAGUGGGGGGAAAAAAAGAAGAAAAAGUUAUUUCUUUAUGGACCAAAACCUCUUCAGCUGUCCUUUACCUGGAUCUUCCUGAGGUUGGCCACUUUUAUAUAUUAUAUUUUUUUCAGAAUGAAACAAAACAAAAAAAAAUUGCCUUGUUGAACAUCCUUUAAUCAUUUCAAGACUCCUGGUUUUGUUAAAUCAGAUACUUUUUAAACCAUUGGGAAGUGGGAGAGGAUGGGCUUUGAAUCUGGCUUCUGUGCCAAUGCACACAAGAUGCAAGCCAGCAUCUUAACAUCAUCAGGUUUGUUCAACCAGUUUCUGGAUGCCAAAAUGCUGUGAUGGUAAAGAUGUGUGUUGGAUUAACCUAUGAAGUACCAGUAUACCUAUCUAUAAAUAUAUGUGUGUAUAUAUAUAUAGGCACUUAACUCAUCAAGCACCUAUAUAUAUAUAUAUGUGUAUAUAAAAGCAUAUAUAUAUAAUUUUUCUCCCACCACCACCGCUUCCCCAUUUCCUACCCCUAGACUUCUGCUCACAGAUCCUGGACCCUGAUUUAGAACUGAACCAACAAGUUUCACAACUUGGCAGAGACAGUUCUACAGAAAAAAAAAAAAAAAAAAGCCUGAGAUUUUUUUUUCCCUUCAGUUACAGGAGACUUUAUUUUCAUCGUAAUAGUGUUCCUGGGAACAUCCCCUCUUCUGCUCAGUUUGCCGCCGCUUGCUCCCGGUUGCUGCCUCCACUCCGGUAUAGUCUGCUCAAGCCAUCCUCGGUCACCAGAGGAAAGGCUGAGCUUGCCACUCUCGGGGCAGGCCGUUCCGGUGCUCUGUGUCGAUAAAGAUCCACUUUCGAUCUUCAGAUAUCGGGUGGAGGGGCAUAAAAUGAUAUGCCUCCACCAUUUUGCAUCAACGGUAAAAUAUUACAUAGGGGCAAGAGGUAGAUGGAGGGGUGGAUGACAUUCCUAGGCUCCGUAGUGGAUGCUGAUGUUUUGGAAAAAGUAAAAAAAAAAAAAAAAAAGCUGUGCUAAAGGGACACUGUCAGGUCGAAUUUGUACUCGCCUCCUCCCCAAAGCUUUAAGAAAUCUCCAGCUGCUUGGUUCUCCCGGCCCUGUGGUGCGCACAGCCAUUUGCACCAGGACCGGGUUGGGAUGUGAGCGCUUCCCAGGGGAAAGCGCCGUGUUUUGGACCCGCCGGUGUGGGUGCCGUGUGGGAGCCAUGGGGCAACGGAGGGCUGGGGGUGCUGGCCAGCCCUGCUCCGGCCAAACUCCCAAAGGCUCCACGGCCUGGUGCUGUCCCAGGGCACAGACGUGAAAGUCAUCCUCCCAUGGAAGCGUGGCCUCGGCAAAGGCUUCAUUGCCCUGGCCAGCUCUGGCCACGUCCUUUCUAAAAGUGGCGCAGUUCUCGUUCAAAAUCUGGCUUCGGUUUGGUCCCAGUAAAAGAAGGGGAAGGGAGAGGGGCAACAUUUCUGUUCUCCGGGCAGUAACCUCUCCCCUCCCUAUGUGCACCACCUCCUCCGUCAUGUCCCGUCCCCCCACCCCAGGGUUGUAUUUUAACCGUUCAUUGUGCAAAAUUCUCCCGCUGAUGUCGAGAGAGUGGUUGGGGCAAGA